CAGGCCAGGAGUGCCACGUGCUGCGCUGGAGAGGUGCACACUUCAAGAGAACAAGAGAUAAUGCUGUUUUUUAGUUUUUGCAAGUCUAGCACCCAAUUCUGACUCCUGCAGCAACUGGAAAGGGAAUAUUCACUGCCAUGCCUUCCUAUAAAUCCCUAUUUUUGCUUCAGCUGUGUGAAGCGGGAGUUACUAAUACUCCAAGCCUUUUUUGAAAAGUAGUGACUCCAGCCCAAAGCACAGAUAACUUCCUUCUCUAUAACUGUCACCAUUUCUGUCCCAAAUCGGUGAUAUGUCUGUCUGUUCAUCAGAGAAGCCGUUCAGCUGAACCACCACUAAAUGCAAACUGGUACAUAAAGUGCCAGAAGUUGGCUUAAUGUGGUGUCAGCAGCUGCUUCACCAUCUGCUGAGUCACCACUGCGGUGGGGACAAGGGACAAGAGGGGAACACACACGGUGGCAGCUGUCCCGAGGUGGGCUGUCCCCACUGGGGAGCUGCAGCUUGCUCUUACACAAACAGCAAAGCAAACUGCAAGCCUGUUUAAAGUCAUUUAAGUUACGAGCCCUUCCCUCGCCUUUAUCCUUCUGCACAGACCUUCCGUCCUCUCUUCUGGACUGCACAGGGAUGCAGCACACCUGCCAACUGCCCUUGGGGAUGUAAAGGUUCUUUCUGGACGUGCUUGGCAAGAUGGAGCCGCCGACCUCAUCCAGGCUGAAUUCCCGAAAGAGAAGAAAAGAUGGAUCAGGCCCUAAUGGGGCAACAGAGCUGGAUGGAAUCCCUCCAAAAAUGUCCCGACGCUCACUCGGACUGCGGGAGCCAGCUCCAUUCUCAGAUGAAGUGGAGAUCGACUACAGCAAGCCAUACAUCAGAGUGACCUAUGAAGAAGCCAUGAGAGGGACCCCUUUGGAUCGCCCUGUCAGAGUUUAUGCCGAUGGAAUAUUUGACUUGUUCCACUCUGGACAUGCCCGGGCCUUGAUGCAAGCAAAGAACCUCUUCCCAAACACAUACCUCAUUGUUGGAGUCUGCAGUGAUGAGCUGACCCACAACUUCAAGGGUUUCACGGUGAUGAACGAAAACGAGCGCUAUGAUGCUGUGCAGCACUGUCGCUAUGUGGACGAGGUGGUGAGAAAUGCACCCUGGACCCUCACACCCGAGUUCCUGGCAGAGCACAGGAUUGACUUCGUUGCACAUGAUGACAUCCCAUACUCUUCUGCUGGCAGUGAUGAUGUCUAUAAGCAUAUAAAAGAAGCAGGCAUGUUUGCACCAACCCAGAGGACCGAGGGCAUCUCCACAUCCGACAUCAUCACGCGCAUCGUGCGGGACUACGACGUCUACGCCAGGCGGAACCUGCAGCGGGGCUACACGGCCAAGGAGCUCAACGUCAGCUUCAUAAACGAGAAGAAAUAUCACCUCCAGGAACGUGUGGAUAAGGUGAAAAAGAGGGUGAAGGAUGUGGAGGAGAAGUCAAAGGAAUUUGUCCAGAAAGUGGAAGAGAAGAGUAUUGAUCUCAUUCAGAAGUGGGAAGAGAAGUCCCGAGAGUUCAUCGGCAAUUUCCUGGAGAUGUUUGGCCCAGAAGGUGCAUUGAAACACAUGCUGAAGGAGGGCAAGGGCCGGAUGCUGCAGGCCAUCAGCCCAAAGCAGAGUCCCAGCAGCAGCCCCACACACGAGCGCUCCCCAUCUCCCUCCUUCCGCUGGCCCUUUUCCACCAAGACUCCUCCUUCCUCCCCUGCCAACCGCUCCAGGAACGAGUCUGCAGUCACCUAUGACAUCAGUGAGGAUGAAGAGGAUUAACCUACCUGCCAGGAUUUGCUGCGGACCGCUAAUCGCUGAAUCCUAAGUCCAGACCCACUGGGGAACUCUAAAUGAGCAAGAGAGCCAUAGGAACAGGGCUGAUGGUGAGCACAGGGCCUUGGAGGCACCUGUUGCUCAUAGCAAGGGCUGCUGCCUGGAAGCACAUUCAAACCUCCUCUCCCUUCUCCCUAAAUCCCCGUUUUAUUGUUUACGUUUUAGCGGUUUCCAGGGUGAAGAUGGUUUUUAUAUUUUAAGAAAAUAUUUGUUAAAAGGGCAAGGAAUAGCACUCAGGCGUGGCUUUUGUUUUGGUUUCUUUUCCCUUGUUAAUCCUCCAGGCAAGAGGGAGAGUGGGAAGACCCAUCUGUCUCUUCUUUCCUUCAGCUCCUCUGUCUUAUCCCCCUCACCCCCAGGCAGUAUCUGUGCCACUGCCAAACGAAAGACCCCUCAGUUCCUCAACCAGCAUGACCUCGAGAGCAUGCACGAAGCAGUGGUGUAAUGAGGCUUCUAGGAAAUAGAGACAUCCCUGCUGGGCUGGAGCUGAUAGGAAUCUAUCCAGCAGAUCCUGUAGUGCUCGCAUGCCUCUUAACUGAGCUUCCCAGUGUGUCGCAGUGAGGACGUGCUGGGCAGGGGGUACCAGCUUGGCACGCAGGAGUUACACCCGGGAAGGACUUGCAGCACUGUAGAGUGGCACACCCCGUAAAGUGCACAGCAUUCACAGCUCCAAACAGUAGAGGGGCUGCAGGGGAAAGGUCUUUCCAGCUAAUCUUAACAAGACUGCUAAAUCCUGAGCUAAAAUUGAGCCCUCAGUUGCUGUUGGAGAGAAGAGAAUCAAUCUUUGCUUCAGGGCAUUUGCUGUCGUGCAUUUCCUUGGGUGUGUGAGAGCCCAGGUAGGAAAUUAAUGUGUCUAGUCUUUUGAGAAGUUCCUUGUUCCAGUCUGUGGUGUGUUACACGUUUUAGUGUCUGUCCAAAUGGUCCCUCAGCACUGUGCUCUGUGUGUGUUUGUCUGUGUUUCAGUUGCUGUGCUGCAGGGGCUGGAGGAGUCCUUCACACUGGUGCCAUGAAGUCGCUGCUCUUAAGGACACAGCAGCCAGUUUGCUGCUGAUGUCAGUGUGUGCAGCUGGACAGAUGAAGGGCCCCAGUUCUGUGUGACAGUUACCUGGCUUGUGCAGUACAUGCACAAAUCCAUGCCUGCUCACUCUGCUCCAUAGGGCAGGAUGGAAGGAGCAUCAGAGAGUGCUGCAGCUUUUUAAAGUUAUUUAAACACAUAAUGCUCGUUUGAGUCCAUGGUCCAAGUUGUGCCUGCUGUUGUGUCUGUGAUACACACUGAGCUUUGUGGCCUGUGGCUCCCCAAGGGGACUUGCCCUCCUCAUGGCUGAGCAGAGCAGGCUGGUGCACCCUGUCCUGCAGCCAGCACUGGAGAAACUGGCCUUGCUGUCAUGUAGCUGUGGAGCUUUUCUGCCAUGGUUUGCCUCUGAUACCCACUGUCUCUGGGUGGAGCUGCUGGGCUGAGUUGCCUGUAUCCUGUGGUGCUGGGAACAGAGGACAGCUCAGAGCCUUGUCAGCAGUGCUGCUGGGAGGUCUCCAGAGCAGGAUGUGAAGCUUGGGGAGCAGCACGUGCAAGGAAGAAACUCAUCAAGUGCUGCCACAAGCUCUGCACACUGUGAUGCUUCCAGAGCACGUGGUGGCCCUGUGGUAGGAACAGGCUGCAGUCUCUUUCCAGCUUUUGUCUUGAUGGUCUUUUGUCACGCUGCCCAAAGGGCUUGACAGAGGUUAUGUGCUUCUCUUGAAGCCAGAACAGUAUGGGAAAGGGUAUUUUGGGGAUCACUAAUCUGCCUCUUGGACCUCUUUCAGCAGGGAUGUGCACAGCUGUGGAGCAUGGCUGGCUGCCAUGGAUUUUAAACAGUAAGGAGCAAAUAACAGUCACGAGGUAGAAGCCAGUUGUUAAUCCUCUGGUUUAUGAGUGGUAGAACACUUCCUUUGUAUCACCCACAUUGUCUCUUCCUUCAUCUUCCCUUCCUACCCUUCCCUCACUAUGGAUGUUGCGGUUGCUUUCCUGAGCCAGAUCACAAAGGCCAGGCUGCUUUAGAGCCUUACUACUGUUUUAAAUACAAGUUAUGCAACAGUGUUCUCUAAGUUUGGGUAUCCACGAUGUUCUGGAUUGUGGCUUGUUCUGCAGAGACUUUAACAUACUUGGUCUCUCUGCAAAAUCUGGGGUGCUUGGUAAGAAGCCAGCCAUGGUUUUACAUGUAGCUUGGAAUAACAGAGCUGUUUCUUGUAACCAAUAAUCUCUGCUUUCUCCUUGCACUGAAAUUAAAUUGGACACUGAAA